AUGGUCGAAAAAAGGGUUCUUGCAUUACCUGACAAACCUCCAUUCCUUGUAGCUUUAUUUUCUUGUUUUCAGACUAUGGAUAGACUUUAUUUUGUUAUGGAAUUUGUUAAUGGGGGUGAUUUAAUGUAUCAAAUACAACAAGUUGGGAAAUUUAAAGAGCCUGUUGCUGUUUUCUACGCAGCAGAAAUAGCUUGUGGCCUCUUCUACCUCCAUUCAAAAGGAAUAAUUUACAGAGACUUAAAAUUGGAUAAUGUAAUGCUUGAAAGAGAUGGACAUAUUAAAAUAACAGAUUUUGGAAUGUGUAAAGAAGGAAUUGUGGGUGAUGCUACUACAAAAACAUUCUGUGGAACACCUGAUUAUAUUGCUCCAGAAAUUAUUCUUUACCAACCUUAUGGAAAAUCCGUUGAUUGGUUUGGAAUAUUUUUUAAAAUUAAUUUUGAAUUAUUAAUUGGGGGUGAAAGCUCGCCUUUAAAUACCUCAGAAUGGGAUACAUAGUCAUGUUAAAUAUGGGAAGUAGAUUUUGGUGUACUUGUGACGGCCCCCUGCCAAUCUGACACAAUAGUCUCUAGUUGUUUUUUCCUUCAAUAGUAUCACUAUAUUCGGUUCGCAGGGGUUUGACUUAAUCACUUCUAA